AUGUUCUCCUUCGCCAAGAUCGCCUCGUUCGCCGCCCUCGCUCUGGGCACCCUCGCCUCCGUGUCUGCGGUCCCAGCAGCCAAGGACGCCGCCGUCACCGCUCCCGUUGUCGUCGCGGCACCCGUCACGGUCGACCCCGUCGUCGCGCCCGUGGUGACUCUCGAAGCACGCGCCAGCACCCCCAGCAUCGCGUCCAUCUUCGCCAACCUGACCUCCGCGCUCGAGCCCAUCCUCUGUACGUCUCCCGCGCUCCCGCGCUCCCCGCCCGCGCCCCCGCUAACGCGCUACCCCAGCCGGCCUAUCCACGAGCACCGAGCUCGCCACGCUCGAGUCCGAGGUCGCGACGAUCACGUCGCUCAUCCAGUCCGCCUCGACCUCCCUCUCCGCGCUCUCCGGCCAGCCCCAAUCCGUGAUCCUCGCGAACCUCGACGGCACCGGCCUGCUCAGCACCGACGACCUCGCGGGCCUCCUCGGCGGGCUCCUCAACAGCGUCUUCGGCACGCUCGGGCCCCUCACCACGGGCGCGGACGCGGUCGGCACCCUCGGCGUCCUCACGCCCGUCCUGGGCGUCGUCGGCGUGCUGCUGACCGUCGUGCUCGGGCUCGUCGGCGUGCUCGCGGGGCCCCUCCUCGUGGUGGUGAUCGGGCUCGUCCUCGGGCUGCUCCCCGCGGUCCUCGGCCUCCUGCUCCCCAUCCUCCUCGCCCUGCUCCUGCUCUGAGGUGCGCCCGGUGGGGCGACACGGUGAGCGAGCUCCUUUCCGAUCCGCGCCCGACGCGUAAGGCGGACGCUUAUGCUCUCGUAUCAGGUGGGACGUCGUGCGCGGGCUUCGCAGACGAGACGAGACGACGCGGGGGCGCGCUUGAUUAG